AUGGGCAAGCAACAUCAACAGGAUCAGCCGGCAAACUUAUCUACAAUAUCUCGAAUGAUAUUAGAAGGUGCCAAAACAACCACAAAAGUUGAAUUAAACUCAAUACUGAAAACAUAUCUUGUCGGUAUCAAAGUGUCAGAUAUCCAAGCUAAUCGAUCGGGCACGUUCACAUUACAACGAAUCCAACGGCACCGUGGCUGUGCAACACAUGCAUUGAUUGAAAAUGUUCUAUCUCUCAUAUUUGCCUGUGUUCUUGUUGCAAUCAAUGCAAAAUUUAUUCAAAAUCCUAGGAACAAAUGUUAUUUUACUGAAUCAAUAUGUUCUAAUACCAACUGGAUAACUGCAAUAUAUGAUUACGCAGAAUGUGGUGUUGUCGAUCGUCAUGGUCAAUGUGGCAAUACACGAUUGAAUAUUAUUAAAGGACAAUUAGCUGCUGCUGUUUUAAUGUUAGCUAUAUGUCUAGUCUAUAUCAUUUUAUACAUUGUUACUGUUAUUUUUGUAUCAAGAUCAAAACAGCCGGUAAUAACAACAAUGAAUUCUGCCUCACCGCCAAGACCUACAAUCAUACAACAGCAACCACCUCCAAUCUAUUAUCAACAAACGCAGGCAUCCUAUCCAAAAUUAAUGAACGAGAGAUUUUAA